GCGGAGGGGCGGCUGGUGAGGAGCUGGAGGACGGCGACGCGAGGCCACGGUGGGGGAAAUCCGAGGCUCCGGCUGGGAAACCAUGGGGAGAUGCAAUGGGAGAUGUACGCUGGUCGGAUUCUGCUGCCUGCAGCUGGUCGCGGCGCUGGAGAGGCAGAUCUUUGAUUUCCUGGGCUACCAGUGGGCACCCAUCCUGGCUAAUUUUUUACACAUCAUGGCCGUUAUUUUGGGUAUUUUCGGGACCAUCCAGUACAGAUCCAAAUACCUCAUGAUGUACGCGGUGUGGCUGGUGCUGUGGGUCGGCUGGAACGCCUUCAUCAUCUGCUUCUACCUGGAGGUCGGACGCUUGUCACAGGACCGAGACUUCAUCAUGACCUUCAAUACCUCACUGCAUCGCUCGUGGUGGAUGGAGAAUGGGCCGGGCUGCCUGGUGACGCCGGUGAUGAACUCCAACCUGGCACCCGAGGACCAUCACGUCAUCACUGUCAGCGGCUGCCUGCUCGACUACCAGUACAUCGAGGUAGUGAGCAGCGCCACGCAGAUAUUCCUGGCGCUCUUUGGCUUCGUCUACGCCUGCUACGUCAGCAAAGUGUUCCUGGAGGAGGAAGACAGCUUCGACUUCAUCGGCGGGUUUGACUCCUACGGCUACCAGGCGCCACAGAAGACGUCACACCUACAGCUACAGCCGCUCUACACAUCCGGGUAACCUCCUCCUGCCCUGGAUCCGGCCCCGGUGCGGGAGCCAGAGGCGACAGGACCCCCCCGGAGCGAACUGUCCCACACCCCAUGACACGACCCCCCUGGCGAGGGAGGGGACACGACGCCGAGCCACCCGGUCCCCUCCUGCCUCCCUGCACCCCACAAGACCCCCAGGAACGGAGCCGGGAGCUGCACACCCAUCCCACCCUGGAUACCUCCGAGCCCCAACCACCCACCCACAGCAGGAUCGGGGUGGGGGGGGCUGGAUACGGGGGGACCCCCCCAAGUGGUGCCACCCCCCCCCCCAGGCUCCCACGCCCUCCCACAUGGGGACACGCGGGGAGGUGGCAUUGCUCACCAGACACCGUUUCCUUCUGUUUCUCCCAGCCUGGUUUUUCCUCGGAGCAGCGGAGCCCUUCCCGGUGUGCCGGGCAGGAGGGGGGGCCCGGAGCGGGAUUGGGGCAAAAACCAGCCGGUUUGGAGCAAACUGGGACUGGGGGCAGGGGACAAACAGCGCUUUGGGGGCAGCGGGGCACAGGAAGCAGCUUCGUCCUCCGCGGGAUUGGGACAAUUUCCCGAAACGCCAGUCUGGGAGUCAGGCUGGCCCCAAAAACGGGGGUUUGCUCCCAGAAGGAAUUUUCCAGCCCCCCUGGCUGGCUGAAGCAGCGUCCAAGGGGCUCGAUCCGGGAUGCUCCCCUCGCCCCGAGGAGCUGGGUCCGGCCGUCAGCAUCUUGCCUCGACCACCCCCCAGAUCUGGGGACAUGGGGGGGACACACAGCACCCCGAAACCCCCUCUGCAGGCCUCCCCCCCAUCCCUCCCACAUUUUGGGGGGGGAUCUUGCUCAAACUUGGCAAUACCGACGCUGCUUUCGACACAGCCCCUUGCCGGCUGUUUUAACGAAUCUAAUGAAUGUUUUGGGUUGGUUUUUUUAAUUAUCGUUUUGGGGGUUUUUUUAAUUUAAAGUGCCUGAGCAGACUCUGGCUGAGCACAAACCCCCCCCCAAGGCCGACAUCGUGCCUUCACCUCUGCCCGCCCCGGGGGCUGCCUGGUGCCCCCCAACCCCUCACCCGGGGAGGGGGGGCAGCUCUCCAAACCACCCCCCAGCCCCUCCAUACGUUCGGGGGCUCGGUGGCAAAUCCAUCCGUCCGGUUCAGCGGCAGAAGAGGCGACGUCGGCGCGUGGGGAACG